CCCGGUUUUCUGGAAAAUGAAUUGCUGAGGUUAGAAUUAGAAGGUAACAAGUUUCAGCUGCUGUCCAAAUUGAUGCAAGUGCUACCUGCCGUGUGUGAUAGUGUUUUAAACGAUACAAAGAUUAUGGAGGAACUAAAAGGCUUUGAUCUUCUUCUGUACGAUUUCCUUGGAGUAUGUGGUGCCCUUAUUGGUGAUCGCCUUGGUAUUCCAAGGAUACAAGUGGUGCCUAAGCCCAAUAACCCUUUGGACCAUAUGGUACCCACACCACUUUCCUAUAUCCCAAUAAUGAUACUUCCCGCCGGAUUCACGGACAAAAUGACAUUUUUGCAACGAGUUGCCAAUGUAGUCGCAUACAUUGGAAUGCGCUUGCUCAAAGACAUUAUCUUUGCAAGGCCAAUGGCUGCCUUGAAACUGAGAUACAACAUCACAACUGAAAGAAGCUACCAGGAGACUGUUGAUGGCACGGAACUUGUUUUAAUCAGAGCAGAUUUUGCAAUAGAGUACGCCCAGCCUCUUUUGCCAGGGAAUAUAAUGGUUGGACCAUUGAGUGUUAAGGAAGGUAAACCACUCCCCCCUGAUCUAGAAGACUUCGUCACUAAUGCGGGAGGGGAUGGUUUUAUUAUUGUUUCCUUUGGAUCAAACUUGGCCUCGAUUCUUCCAAGAACAGUUGUGGACAUGUUAGCGACAGCAUUUGGAAAGCUGAAACAGCGAGUUGUGUGGAGACUUAAAGGUUACAUUCCAUCCUUCUUGGGAUCUAACAUCAAAGUAGUGGAGUGGUUACCUCAGAAUGAUCUCUUGGCUCACAAGAAUA